GGUGUAUCUCGACUCGCGCGACGCCAUGAUAAAUCGGCCGAAUCGACCAAUUGACCCGUAAUAUCUCAGAAAAUGGGUCAUGGUCCUCGUUCGCGAUGAAUAUACGGUCGCCCAAAAUAUUGCUCCCUCCAGGCGCCGCCCACGAUAUUUGCUGGCGGUGCACGUCGCAGCUGUCUCGAACCCAGGGACCAGGCCUCGUCUCUGCGAGGAGCUUCACCCAGAGCUUCGCGCCGCGGAAUCGUGCGGUACCCACGAGGUCUAGCCGGCUGAAGGCUGGAUAUUUCUUCGCUAAUGGCUCCGUCCCAGAGACACAGACGGUAGACGGCCGGGCUGGGAGGCAGUCCAUCUCUUUUACCGCGCAUGGAAGACCCAACGAUACACAGACUACGACGACGUCAUCGACACUACCACAUUCGAGCCAAGACUUGCCACAUAGGAGACGGCAAGUUGCAAGGCGGAAGGAGAAGGCGGCACAAGCACAAGCACAAGCCCAGGCUGCAGCAGCAACCACCCCAGAUGGUUCUCUUCCUGUGGAAGAUGCCUCUUCAGCCUUAACUACUGCUGCCGCCAAGCAGAGCUCCUUCCGCCGCCAAUUCUCGCUCUAUCUAUCGCUCUCCAAGCCCCGACUUUCCAUGCUCGUGGUCCUGACAGCCAUGUCCUCGUACGCGCUUUACCCAGUCCCGGACUUCCUUUCGCCUUCCAUAGGCCUCGACGCCCCGUCGCUGUCGCCCCUGACCCUCGCGUUCCUCACAACCGGUACCGCAUUAUGCUCUGCCUCGGCGAACUCAUUGAACAUGCUCUACGAGCCCAAAACGGACGCCAUGAUGUCGAGGACGCGAAAUAGGCCGCUGGUGCGUGGCCUGCUCUCCCAGCGCAAGGCUGUCAUGUUUGCCGUACUGGCAGCAGCCACUGGAGUUGGCGCAUUGUACUUUGGAGUCAACCCGACCGUCGCUGCUUUGGGCGCGACCAACAUAGUUCUUUAUGCAGGAGUAUAUACGCCCAUGAAGCGUCUGCAUUGGUUCAAUACCUGGGUUGGAGCUAUCGUCGGAGGAAUCCCCCCACUCAUGGGUUGGGCAGCAGCAGCCGGAGAGUCUGCAAAAGACACAGGUGGCUUCGAAGAACUACUUCUCACCAGGGACGCGAUAGGAGGAUGGCUACUGGCAGGCUUGCUGUUUGCUUGGCAGUUCCCCCACUUCAUGGCCUUGUCCUGGUCUAUCAGAGAGGAGUAUAAAGGAGCCGGGCACAAGAUGCUUGCUUGGAUCAACCCGGCGCGAAACGGAAGAGUAGCCCUCCGAUACAGCUUGGCCUUCUUCCCCAUCUGCUUCGGUCUCUGCAUGGCUGGCGUCACAGAGUGGAGCUUUGCAGUCACAAGUCUGCCCAUCAACCUCUGGCUGACCAAGGAAGCUGUGCGCUUCUGGAAACAUGAGGGCCACCAAGGCAGUGCGCGAGGCCUCUUCUGGGCGAGUGUCUGGCACUUGCCUGUGGUCAUGGUGUUUGCCCUGGUGCAGAAGAAGGGUAUGUGGAGCCGUGUAUGGAGGGCAGCCUUCGGUGAGCCUACUCUGGAUGAGGACGAGGAGGAAGACUGGGAGGAUGAUGAAGUUGUCGAUGCCGUGCCUUCACCAGUAGUGGCACGCGUCAGCAGCUAACGUAGAGGAAAGCAGCUCGGGCAUGUGUAUUCAAGUGUAUUUGUUAUUGUACCAUAAGAGACUAUGAUACCAGCACCGCGUUAAAGCGCAACAUAUGGGCUCAUCGCCAUUAUAUCGCUCCGUAUAGUAUGUCUUGCCUUUUUGGCCAGUAGUAUAUCUCGAUCGCAUCUUGAUCAAGCCGCCGGUCAGAUCAUUAUGGUAUAAUCAUGGCUAGUCGCUCUCGACUACCCUGCAAAUAAAGAGCGCCG